AUGACCAAUGUCACCGUGAAGACACAAUUCCUCUUGCUGGCAUUCUCAGAGGUCCGGAAGCUGCAGCUGGUCCAGGCCGCGCUAUUCGUCCUGCUCUACAUGGCGCCCCUGACCGGGAAUCUCCUCAUCGUCGCUUUCUUCUGUGACGUCCCGUCUCUGCUGAAGAUUACCUGCUCGGAGAAGCACAACGUCAUUGACGCGACUCUGCCAUCAGAGUCCUCCUUGAUGCUAUACCUGCUGGUGUCCGUGUUCUACAAGGUAGUACCCCCAGGCCUGAACCCCCUAAUCUACAGCCUGAGGAACCGGGACGCGAAGGCCGCCACGGGCAGGAUCCUAAAUGGGUCACUCACCCAGACUCUGCUGAACUUGGCCCUCAGCGACCUCUGCUACCUCUCUGUCACCGUUCCCAAAUCCAUCCUCAACUUCCUCUUGAACGUCAACUCCAUCUUCCUGACUGCUUGCACUGCCCAGUUCUUUCUUGUGAUUUGCUUGGCAGGAACGGAGAUGGCCUUGCUGACUGUCAUGUCCCACGACCGCAUCAUGGCCAUUUGCCAACCCCUGCGCUAUGACACCAUCAUACAUCGGUUGGCCUGUGCCUCCAUGCUGGCCGCCUCCUGGUUCAGCAGCGGUCUGAACGCUGCCCUCUACACGGCCAGCGCCGUCUCCCUGUCCUUCUGUGGACCCAGAGCCGUCCAACCAUGCUUCUGCGAUGGCCCCCAGUUGCUGAGGCUUCCUUGCCUCUCUAGCCAAGGCGCCGAAAACCUGGGUUUAGCCACGACCGUCAGCUUACCCUUCUUCUGCUUCAUGCUAUUCGUUGUCUCGUACGUACACAUCUUUUGGGCCGUGCUGAGGGCCGCUUUUUGUAUUCCGACGUCCAAUGAUAAGAGUUCAGAGUCUCUCAGUAUCAUUUAUUACUUUAGUUCCUGCUGA